UCUCACUUCCUUUUCCACCGUUAUACUCUUCGUCUUCUCCGGUUCCGGCAUGGCGGUUCUCGGAAACCUAGCACUAUUACUGGAUGUAACUUCACCUCGAACCACAGUACUUGACCGCAGCAAAGUACGAUUACUCCCUUCCGACAUCCUUCUGAAUUUGUUCAAGAAAGAUCCAGUAACGCCUAUAUCUAACCUCUACGUUUCGUUGCCGUCGAAAGGCGGAAGCGAAUUUGAGAAAGAUGCGACAACAGCGCCACAUCGCGUUGUUCGCGGAAGGAAGGCUAAUUCGAAGUUUAACGAAGUCGAUUACGAGAGUUCUAGUGAUGAGGAUAACGGGAAUGGGUACGGGGAUGAUGAAGACGUCGACGAUGAGAGGAAGAAGAGGUUGGAUUGGGAGAAGGAGAUGAGGAUGAGAGUGAAGGAGAUCGAAGAUAUGCGAGAAUUGGAGAAGAAAGCCGAGGAGUUGCAGAGUCGUGGCGAGGGAGAUGAGGGUGAGAGUGGAGACGAAGGUGAGGGUGAAAGCGAAGGAAGGGAAGAGACAGAGGAACAGAAGAGGAUGAGAGUUCGGAGGGAGCUCGAAAAGGUUGCCAAGGAACAAGCAGAGAGAAGGAAAAUGGCUCAAUUGAUGUUCGACUUGGGACAAAAGGCUUAUGGAAAGGGUAUGUAUGGGCGCUCCAUUGAGUUCUUGGAAGGUGCUCUCACAAUUAUACCAAGGCCCACUUUGUUUGGUGGUGAGAUACAGAUAUGGCUUGCUAUGGCUUAUGAAGCUAAUAACCGCCACAAAGAUUGUAUUGAUCUUUACCAGAAGCUAGAAAGGGGCCAUCCUAGCGUCAGUAUUAGACGCCAGGCUAAAGACCUGCGAUAUAUCUUGCAAGCUCCUAAGCUUAAGAUAUCACAGGAAGAGAUGGUUACGAUUCCACUUAUCGGUUCCAGCUAUGAUAGCUAUGCAGGAAGUUGGAGUGAUAAAAACAAGGACAAGGAUGAAAGAAUCAACACAACCAAUCAAGUGUCCUCGGGCAGAGACUACCUUGGUGACUUUCUGGUAUGGCGACCGCCAGGUGAGUUGGGAAAAAACCAAGCCUUCUGGGCAGCUUUAGCACUGUGGGUGGCGCUGGUCGGAGCUGCCCUCUUUCUCCAAUGAUGAUCUUAGCCAUGGUAUUUGCAGGUAUUCAUCCCUGAAUUCAUUGUGCAUGUUCUUGUUGAACAUGUAUAUAUAUAUAUAUAUAUAGUAUGGUCAUUGUCUAUACAAAAUAAUUGAAAUCUGUAAUUAUUCUUGUGUUCCUUUAACUUCAAUUUAAUGGUUAGUUAUAUAAUGGCCACCAGUUUGGUUUGUUAAGGUCU